AUGUCUCCACACGCAGUCGACAACCAGGUGCUCGACGUGAUUGUCGUGGGCGCCGGCAUUGCCGGACUCGCCGCCGCUCUCGCGAUCCACGACGCCGGUCACCGCGUCACCGCCGUCGAAGGCGCAUCUGUUCUACGAGAAAUCGGCGCCGGAGUCUUGAUCUCAAGCAACGCCACUCGUGAACUCAUCCGGUGGGGCCUCGAAGACGAUCUGAGAGAUGUCAUUGUCCAGAGCCGGGUAUCGCGUGUGUUGAGAUGGGACAAUGGAGAGGUGCUGAGCGAGGUGAAGAUGGACCCGAGUUUUGCGCUCAAGAAGUACAAUGCACCCGUGUGGAUGCUCCAUCGGGCAGAUCUCCAUAUGGCGAUGCUGAAGAAGGUGCAGAGCCUGGGCAUCGAGAUCAGGCUGGGGUCUAGGGUGGUCGACGCGGACGUGGCCACGGCGAGCGUGACUCUCGCGUCGGGAGAAGUCCUGUACAGCGACUUCGUCGUCGGCGCUGAUGGCGUCAGGAGCAAGAUGCGCGACAUUAUCUCGCAGAAGCCCGUGCCCGCGCUCCCGACAGGAGACUACGCUUUUCAGUUCGCACUGGAGAUCGAAAAGUACAAGGACGAUCCGGUGAUUGCGCCGUUGGUCGAGGGCCAUGCCGCCACUGCUUGGUGGGGACCAGGCAGGCAUGUCAUCGGCACGCUGCUCCGCGGCGAGAAGCUCUUCAACUGCGUCGCAGUCUUCCCUGACGACGGCUCGCUCGGUGACGAGCACAAGCAGUUGGGAGCAGACGUGGACGAACUCCGCCGGAACUUCAGCGACUGGUGUCCAGCUGUGCGCACCAUCCUCUUCCACGCAGAUCCCAGCUCCAUCGUCAAAUGGAAGCUGCAGGACCUCGAUCCGCUCGAGGCCUGGCACCGCGGACACGCCGUCCUCAUCGGCGACGCAUGCCACCCCAUGCUCCCGUAUCUUGCUCAGGGAGCUUCACAGGCCAUCGAGGACGGCGCCGUGCUGGCCCAAUGCCUCGCCAACCUGCCCCUCGACCGCGUCGGUCCCGCAUUCCAGGAGUUGCGGUUUGCACGCGCCACGCAGAUCCAGCAGAAUGCACGCAAGCAGAAGACCGAGAACCAUUACCCGGACGGACCAGAACAACGAGCACGGGACGAGCGGCUUAAGGACCCGACGCAGGUCCGGGCGUGGCAGUGGGAGCCGGUGGCGGGCAAGCCGACCAAGAAUUGGAGCGACGGGCUGUUUGGGUACGACUCGAAGGCUGAAUGUGAAGAGUACUUCAGGGAGCAUGACGCCGGACGACCAUUAGUGAAACAGGCUGUAUAG